AUGUCCCGGUGUUUGCUGAGUGACGGCCCUUACACUAUCCUGGUUCCCGUUGACUCCGCCUUCGCCAAACUGGACCAGGCAGAGCUAACCAACCUACAGACGUCUCCCGGACUUCUGGACGAGGUACUCGGCGUACACGUCAUCAAGGGAGAGCUCUUCUCCUGGGACUUUGUGUCCGGCCGAGUCAUCGUCUCGGACAAUGGUCACUUCAUCCGUGUCUACAAGACACAGCAAGGAACCUACGUGAAUGACGCAAAAGUGCUCAAGUGGGACGUGGAAGCCAAUGGAGCAGUGCUGAUCUUCAUCGACACCUUGCUCGACGCGCCAGAGGGCACCAUCUACGAAGUGUUGAGGAAACCGGAGUUUGGUUUGUCCCUGCUGGGCGACUUUGUGGACGCUGCUGGGCUGAACAGGACCCUGCACAGGACAGCUGGUCCAUACACCAUGUUUGCCCCAUCCGCUGAUGCCUUCGCAAAACUCAGUGACGUCAUCACGGACCGCCUCAAGCGAGACACUCAGCUUCUAAAAUAUGUCCUGGAAUACCACGUGCACCCCGGCACCCUGCACUUGCAGAGUCUGGACAGGAAUGGAACUCUGACCACCCUGUACAGGAACCACAACAUUGGCGUCUCUGUCACAGACGACAUCCGCCUGAAUGGCGUUGCGAUGCUGGAAGAGGCUGACAUCGACUGUGACAAUGGCGUCAUUCAUAUCAUAGAUCACGUGCUCUUGCCCAGCUCGCUGGGCUCUGUCAUUGGCUAGAUGGUGGUGAUGUCGUAAGUGCUACACGAGACUUCUAUAUCUUGGGUGUUUUCAAUAAAUAUUUGAGGGAAGUUUCAAUACAAUACGACUUGGA